AAGGGCAGUCUUUGCCAUUCAAUGUGUAGGAAGGAACUGCAGAUGCUGAUUUAAACCGAAGAUAGACACAACGUGCUGGAGUAACUCAGCGGCAGCAUCUCUGGAGAAAGGGAAUAGGUGACGUUUCGGGUCGAGACCUUUCUUCAGACCAUUUAAUGUUGCAAUGUCUCGGACCAACUAUGGCCUCGAUUCCUGUGCGGUGCGAACGGUCCUUGCUGUCGCAUCCAGCGAGGUGCAGUUUGACACCGGGUUACUGGCGACUGCUGUGGUGCUGGGCAUCAUCCUGGGUACCAUUGGGGCAGUUCUGUUUUACUUGUUUGUUUUGGAAUCCGUCUUGCAAAGUAAGCAAAUGUGCUCAGAUGGACUUGAGGACAGUUCCGAUUCUGAGGAUAUCCAGAGUUAUGACAGCAACUCCGAGACACUAAUGGAAAGAACAAAAGCAGGAGCUUCCGUUCUUCAAGAGGAAGAUGAAUUAUCAAUCAACAGUAAUAUAGCUGCUUUUGCACUGAAAGCACGAGUCAUAUAUCCCAUUAAUCAAAAAUUUAGGCCCCUAGCAGAUGGAUCAUCCAACCCUUCUCUAUUAGAGAACUUGAGACAGAAAGCUCAAUGCAAAACGAUAAAAGAUAUUGCUUUAACUGAAUCGGAGUCACCCAGUCAAAUGGAUGAAAGAGAUUAUUAUUAUGACCAAAGGAAUUAUUCACCGCAGGAUCCUAAAGCAUAUAAUGAGGAUAGAAUGGUUUUGAUAGUAAAUUUCUUUCCAGAAAUACUGGCCUAUUCAAGUCCUCAGGCUGACCUUGGUCUGCACAGACUUAGCCUGCAAGAUCUGAGAAAAUUAGAUGCAGAAAUGUAUCAAGAAAAAUGUUCGAUGUUUCUUCAGUUAUUACGAAUAGAACUGAAUAAUUUGUAUCUAAGGGAGAAAAUUGAUGAACAUUUCUACAGGGAUUUUCUUUCCAAGCAAGAGAAGGAACUGAAAGAACUGGUGAAGAAACAUCAGCCAAUGUUGCCAAAUGCAGCUGACGAGAAGGACUCUGAGCACCAUUGUACUUUGGAAGAAACUGAAAGGAAUGAACAUGAUUAUUUUCAGUGUGCCAUACAACAGAUGACUGGAUUCUUCCAGCAAACCGAACGUUCCCAUUUCUUCCUGCUGAAUCAUUCUGGGCUUCCUAGAAUCACUGUGGAGGCGGUAAUGGAGAACGUACGUGAAAAAAUGUCACAGGUGGAGAGUCUGUUAACUGAUGUUCUGACUUUGCAAGUCACGGUUAUUCUGGAUAAGGUGAUGCGUUGGAAAUUCAUGGCAGAAAGCCUUCAAUUACUCAAGUGGCUUGCUCAGCAGGAAAGCAAAAUCAAAUUGAAGAUGGUGACAUCUGUCCUGGACACUCUCGCCAGAGAUGGGAAAUUGGCAUCUUGGCAAAAAGAAGAGAUAACAGCCAGAUUUCAAAAUUUGUUUCAGGGUUAUGUGAACACUUUAAAUAAUGAAUUUGCCAAGCAGACCAAAGGCAUCGUAUCAGGAAUGAACAAACGGCGCAGGACUCUGAUGAAGAGACUUGAAGAGACACAAAGCGAGGAUGCUAGGAUUCAGAUGGACAGGGCUAGGCAAAUAAUUGCUCCAGAUGAUUUUAUUAAGAGUUAUCAUGAACUUGAGGACCACCACAGGCAGAGCCGUUCUGAAGUGGAGGAUGAGGAAGAUCACAAAGGUGCCAAGGCAGUUACUGAGCUGUGGAAGAACCUGCAAUUUGCCUCAUCACGCACUAUGGACAAAUUGAUCGAGGAGCUUUUUUCAGAAACUCUGCCCGAUGUUAGUGAGGUAUCCUCAUCUACCAUGAAAACCCUGAGAAACCAAAUGCAGCAAGAGCUAAGUGCAAGCCAACAGGCAGCGGAAGAGGAAAGAAAAUGGCAUUUGACAUUAUCCCAAGAAAAACUGGUCCAAAUGAAGCAGGAAUGGCUAAAUGAACAGGCACUUAAUUCAGCUAAACAGAAGCAUCUGGUUGAUUAUCAGGAACAGAUUAUUCAAAAUUUCCUAUUGAAGCAGACUGUACUAGAUGAGAAGAUGUCUAACCACAUUGUGCUGGAGCAGAAGACCGCUUUACAGUCUGUGGUUAGACAGUUAACUGUGAGACAUCUUAGUCUAAUGACACUCAAGGAAAUGAAGCUUUACAAGACGAAAUGUCAGCUGGAUGAAUUAGGGGAACAGCAAUCGAAAGAACCUCCCAUUUGGGAUGAACAUGAAGAUGAAAGCAAGAAAUUAAAGGAUAAUCUGGUGUCCAGAUUGUCAAAAGAAAAGGAGAAGUUGUGCCAAGAGACUGAGUCACUUCUUCACCAGCAACUCAAUGCCGAAUCCCAGGCACUCAUGGAUCUUUUGCAGCAUCACAUGGUUCAAGUGAUAGGCCAUGCUUUAGUCCAGCAAACUAGAAUCAACUCAGCCAAGCAGAAUCACAAAGACCGCACAGAUAAACUCAAGAAUCUAUUGGUAGAGAGAGCGACAGAGAGUGUCUAUGUGACCAUGGAAGGUGCAACUGGACUGAUCCAGAAUUAUUACCGACAGAUAGACAAAAUGUUGGAGCUCUACAGAAAAGACAAAAGGAAUCAGCUGCGAUCGCUGCAAGAGACUUAUAAAAGGAAAAAAAUGAUUAAGGAGAGGAUGACGGAAGAAAAUCUUAAUGCAGACAUGGCUAAUGUGAAGACAAAGCGCUUUACUUCAACAAAGAUUCAACACAAGAUGAUGCUUCAGCAGAGGAAUAUUAGGUCCUUGCUUUUCCUUGAAGAGGAUGCAAAUAUGGAGUUCCUAAAACAGAGAGCAGAGCUGAUCCAUCAAUCAAAAGAGCAGCUUGAUAAACACCUGAAGAUGGCAGAAGAAAAAUUCAUAUCGCAGCUUGCAGAUUUAGCAAGAGUUUCACAAGCAGAAUGGAAGACCCUGGAGAAUGAAUUUCUUGCAGAACAAAUGACAGAUGAUGUGGGCGUAUGCACCGUAUGCACAAACAAACAUUCUCUUACGCAAGUUUAGUGCGUGAAAAGAUGGGAGUGAAGAUGUCUCUGAUCAGAGCAUAUUGUACACCACUAUAUACUGCACACCUGUGGUCAAACUACAGAAAAGCUAGCUUACAGAGGCUUAAAGUAGAUUAUAAUGGUGCCAUGCGAAUAUUACUUAAGAGAUCUAGAUGGUCUAGUGCAAGUGAAAUGUUUGUGGAUGCAGGAGUCAAUACUUUACAAACUGUCUUAAGAAAUCUUAAGUAUAAAUUUAUUUGCUGGAUUAAUGACUGAAAAUGAAAUCAUCUUGGCCUUAUCAAACAUAAGGUUUAGCACUACACGCUACCAAUCCCAGCUGUGGAGACAUUGGUAUAGAUGUCUCGUUGUAGGACACUGAUUUUUUUAAAUUCUUGAUCUUAAACCAUGUAUUGUGCGUUUGUCUGUCAUCUAUUGUGCUUUUAUAAGUAAUUUACUGUGUUUUUGUAUUAAUUUAUUGUGCUAUUGCAUGCAAUUUAUUCUAUGUAAUGUCGUCUUUUAUCUGGACCUUGAGUCUGUAAUAAAAAG